CUGACUGUCUCUCUGCUCACCCGUCUGUGUCUCAGGUGUACUGCGUGCCUAUUGGUGGGAUGUUGGUGAGGCAGCCGGUGUCGGUGGGCGGCAGCGGCAGCACCUACAUCUACGGCUUCAUGGACUCCAACUACAAACCGGGACUGAGCAAAGACCAGUGUCUGGAGCUCACUGCUGCAGCUCUGUCUCUGGCGAUGGAGAGAGACGGCUCCAGCGGUGGCGUGGUCAGACUGGCGAGCAUCUCAGAGGAGGGAGUGGAGAGACGAGUCAUACUGGGAAACCAGCUGCCCAAAUACUCCACACACUAAACACGUUAAUGUCCAUUUUGUUGUGAUAAUAAAGGUUUCAGUCUGUC